AUGCAAUGGAAUAAUAAAGAGAAAAAAGAUCUCUCUUCUUCCUCUUCCUCCUCUUCCCUUUCUCAACAACAACAAAAAGAAGAAAAGAGAGUUGUUCCUCUUCAUGGUAUUUGCGGCUAUGCGCCUGGCGGUAUUCCCGCCUACAGUAACGCCUCUAGUAACACCUUCACUCAUGAAAAACACUAUCAUCACAAUUACUUUAUGGGAUAUAAAUGGCAAUGUGUGGAGUUUGCCCGUCGUUGGCUCUUUUAUUGUAAAGGACUUUCUCUUCCACAAUAUGAUAUGGCAGCUCAUCUCAUCUAUUUACGCCAUGUAAAGAAUAUAUAUAUAUAUAUAUACUGGGGAAUUAGUGCCAUGUCGUUUUAUUCCACAAGGUGGAAGAGAACCACCCGUGUUGGAUAG